AGUAGCGUAAAUUACUACACCAGAAGGUAAACGGAAUGGUUCAGGGAAAAGAAGACACUGAGCAGAUGCCGGCGUGGCUGGAUCAACAGAAGUUUGAAGAGUUUAUAGAGCGCGAUUUUCCGAAUCUAAAGAAUAUUAAAUCAUUCCAACUGGAACCCUCAGCCGGAAAGGGUGAAAACUACACAACGUCUUUGAGGGCGAAUUUUGAAUUGGAACUGAAUGAUGGCUCCCAACAGAGUAUAUCGUAUAUGGCUAAAGUCUUGCCGAAUUCUGGAAACCGCGAUAACGUCGCCAGUUGGAAAGUAUUCGACAAGGAGCGUCAGACCUACGGACAAUAUAUUCCGGAAUUUGAGCAGAUGUACAGAGAGGCCGGAAAGGAGAUUACAUUUGGACCACGUUACUACGAGGCAAAGAAUCAGUCGGAAGAGGAACUGAUUGUUCUGGAGGAUCUGGGCAAGAGGGGAUUUAAGAAUCUAGACCGUCAAAGUGGCCUGGAUAUCCAACAUACAGAGGCCAUUUGAAAGCUGGCCCAGUUCCAUGCCGCCUCCGCCGUGCGAUUCGAGCUCAAGGGAGCCUAUCCUGCUGAGUACGAUCGUAAUGUGUGCAGCCAAGAAGCCUUUAAGGAUUUCCGGGAAACCCAAACAAAGGCCUACGUUGAAGCCUUCCCUCUCUACGAAGCCUCUCAUUUGGCAAAGGCAGUGGAAUCCUACGGCAGUCAAGCGGAGGACAUGUUCCAGGCGUAUGCUCCUCAGAUUGAAGGCGAGUUCCGUGUCCUGAAUCACGGAGAUGCCUGGUGCAAUAACUUUAUGUUCCAACAUGAGACGGGAAAGCUGCUUGAAACCUACUUGUAGAUUGCAAAUGAGUCGUUCUCGUCGCCUGCCCAAGACUUGCUCUACUUUAUCCUCUCCUCCACCCAAUUGGAUAUAAAGAUAGCCAAAUUUGAUUACCUGAUUAUGUACUAUCAUGAAAAGCUCACACAGAGCCUAAAGCUACUGAAGUAUUCAAAACCACUGCCUUCACUUAGGAGCCUACAUCAAUCGAUCUUUACCCACGGAGAUUGGAUUUUGCCCAUUAUAUCCCUUUUGCUGCCCAUUGUUUUGGUGGAUUCCAGUGACGAUGCUAAUGUGGAUAACUUGAUGGACAGCGAGGGAGCUGGAGACAAGUUCCGGAACAACAUGCUCCAAAACCCCCGCAUCAUUAGACACCAAAAAGUGAUUCUUCCCUGGGUCCAUCGUCGGGGAGCCUUUGAAGUCACCAAAUAAAUGUGAAAAACUGUUGAUAUUAUUUUAUAAGUAAAUAAAAAAUAACGUUAGACAAUCACA